AUGGUGAAGAUUGUGACAGUUAAGACCAAGGCAUACCUGGACCAGAAACCAAGCACGAGUGGGCUGCGGAAGCAGGUGAAGGUGUUCCAGAGCAGCACCAACUACCUCGAGAAUUCCAUCCAGAGUAUCAUCUCCAUGGUGGAGCCAGCGCAGUGACAGGAGGCCACCCUGGUGGUGGGUGCAGACAACAGGUUCUACAUGAAGGAGGCUAUCCACCUCAUCCUCCGCAUCGCCGCCGCCAACGGGAUUGGUCGCUUGGUUAUUGGACAGAAUGGCAUCCUCUCCACCCCUGCUGAAUCCUGCAUCAUUAGGAAGAUCAAAGUCAUUGGUGGGAUCAUUCUGACAGCCAGACACAAUCCUGGAGGGCCCAAUGGAGAUUCGGGAAUCAAAUUUAGUAUUUCCAAUGGAAGUCCUUCUCCUGAAGCAGUAACUGAUAAGAUUUUCCAAAUCAGCAAGACAAUUGAGGAAUAUGCAAUUUGCCCUGACCUCAAAGUAGACCUUGGAAUUCUGGGAAAGCAACAGUUUGACCCGGAAAACGAGUUUAAACCCUUCACAGUGGAAAUUGUGGAUUCAGUGGAAGCUUAUGCAAUGAUGCUGAGAAACAUAUUUGACUUCAAUGCACUGAAAGAACUUCUUUCUGGUCCCAAUCGACUAAAGAUCUGCAUAGAUGCCAUGCAUGGAGUUGUAGGCCCAUACGUAAAGAAGAUCUUCUGCGAGGAACUCAGUGCCCCUGCGAACUUGGCAGUCAACUGCAUUCCUCUGGAGGACUUCGGAGGCCACUACCCUGACCCCAACCUCACCUGUGCAGCUGACCUGGUGGAGACCAUGAAGACUGGAGAGCAUGAUUUGGGGGCUGCCUUUGACGGAGAUGGGGAUCAAGACAUGAUUCUAGGCAAGCACGGGUUCUUUGUGAACCCUUCAGACUCCGUGGCUGUCAUCGCUACCAACAUCUUCAGCAUUCCGUACUUCCAGCAAACCAGGGUCCGUGGCCUUCCCUGCAGCAUGCCCACCAGUGGAACCCUGGACAGGGUGGCUAAUGAUGCAAAGAUCACCUUGUAUGAGACCCCCACUGGUUGGAAGUUUUUUGGGAAUUUGAUGGAUGCUGGCAAACAGUCCCUUUGUGGGGAGGAGAGCUUCAGCACUGGCUCUGACCACAUCCAUGAGAAAGACAGACUCUGGGCUGUCCUUACUUGUCUGUCCAUUCUAGUCACCCACAAACAGAGUGUGGAGGACAUUCUCAAAGAUCACUGGCAAAAGUAUGGCCAAAAUUUCUUCACUAGGUAUGAUUAUGAGGAGGUGGAGCCCAAGGGUGCAAACAAAAUGAUGAAAGACUUGGAGGCCCUGAUAUCUGACCGCUCCUUUGUGGGGGAGCAGUUCUCAGUGGGUGACAAAGUUUACACCGUGGAGAAGGUUGAUAACUUCCAAUACAGUGAUCUGGUGGACAGAAGCAUUUCAAGAAAUCAGGGCCUGCGGCUCAUUUUUGCAGAUGGUUCCUGCAUCAUCUUUCUACUGAGUGGCACUUGGAGUGCGGGGGCCACCAUCCGACUGUAUAUCGACAGCUAUGAGAAGGACAUCACCGAGAUCUACCAGGACCCCCAGGUCAUGUUGGGCCCCCUUGUUUCCGUUGCUCUGAAGGUCUCCCAACUCCAGGAAAGGACAGGACACAGCGCACCUAUGGUCAUCACCUAA